AUGGACCCCCUGGCUUCGGCAGGCAUAUCAGCCAGCGACGGAGAGAGCUUGUGCUCUUCGACUGUCACCAGGUCGGCUGGACCAGACAGAUGUCUGCGGUAUCCGCUUCCUGAAGGGUCAGUGCACGUGGUGGUGGCGAUGAGGGAUGCGAGCUGGACUAUGAAGGUGGUGGAGGACAUUGCGUUCAUGGGCUUGACCAACAGCAUCGUCUACCUCUACCGGAGGAUGGACGUAGGGAUCAACCUGAAAGGCUUGCUAAGCUCGGAGCCCACUGCUGGCUUGCCGUGUGGCAUCACUGUGGUAGAGAGAGCGUUGGUGCCCAACAGAGGAAACGAGGCAGCCGUGUACCUCUCGCACAUCGAAGAGUUCUAUGACAACCUGCCCAUGUUGAUGGUGUUCAUGCAUGACCAUGGCAUCGAGAGUUGGCACAGUCAGAGGCGACCAGUGUACAAGCGGUCCAGGGCUUACUACCUGGGGUUGGCGUCGCAGCUUGUGGACCCUAACACGCAUCAGCUGGUUUAUCCUGAGCUUGCAGCUCUGCCGUCUCAUGCGGUUCUGAUGGAGUUCUCAGCUACCGUGGUGUCUCUCAACAGCUGCUAUGACACGAUCUGGAGAGAGCCUCUCUGCUGGCAGCAGUACACCUUGAACUCGUAUGAGCGGGAGACUAGACCCUCCAUGACUUGUCAGGACAGCACAUGA